AUGGCCACCACCAACGGGGCGGUGGAGAACGGGCAGCCCGAUCCCAGACCGCCGGCCCUGCCGCGCCCCAUCCGCAACUUGGAGGUCAAGUUCACCCAGAUAUUUAUCAACAAUGAAUGGCAUGAAUCCAAGAGUGGAAAAAAGUUUCCUACAUAUAAUCCUUCAACUCUAGAGAAAAUAUGUGAGGUUGAAGAAGGAGAUAAGCCUGACGUGGACAAAGCAGUGGAGGCUGCUCAGGCUGCCUUCCAGCGAGGCUCACCCUGGCGCAGGCUCGACGCCCUGAAACGAGGCCAGCUACUGCACCAGCUGGCAGACCUUGUGGAGAGGGACCGCACGAUUCUGGCGACCCUAGAGACAAUGGACACUGGGAAGCCAUUCCUUCAUGCCUUUUUUAUUGACCUGGAGGGCUGCAUUAAAACCCUGCGAUAUUUUGCAGGGUGGGCAGACAAAAUUCAAGGCAGAACCAUCCCCACAGAUGACAAUGUUGUAUGCUUCACCAGACACGAGCCCAUCGGUGUGUGUGGGGCCAUCACUCCUUGGAACUUCCCACUGCUGAUGCUGGUUUGGAAGCUGGCACCUGCUCUGUGCUGCGGGAACACUGUGGUCCUGAAGCCUGCGGAGCAGACCCCCCUCACUGCGCUUUAUCUCGGCUCUCUGAUCCAAGAGGUUGGCUUCCCUCCAGGUGUGGUGAACAUUGUGACAGGAUUUGGGCCCACAGUAGGAGCUGCCAUUUCUUCUCACCCUCAGAUUGACAAGAUCGCCUUCACUGGCUCUACAGAGGUUGGAAAACUAGUCAAAGAGGCUGCCUCUCGGAAUAAUCUGAAGAGGGUGACGCUGGAGCUUGGGGGCAAGAACCCAUGCAUUGUGUGCGCAGAUGCUGACUUGGACCUGGCCGUGGAGUGCGCCCACCAGGGCGUCUUCUUUAACCAGGGCCAGUGCUGCACUGCAGCCUCCAGGGUCUUCGUGGAGGAGCAGAUUUACAGCGAGUUUGUUCGACGAAGCGUGGAGUAUGCCAAGAAGCGGCCAGUGGGCGACCCCUUUGAUGCCAGCACCGAGCAUGGACCUCAGAUUGAUCAAAAGCAGUUUAAUAAAAUUCUCGAACUGAUUGAGAGUGGAAAGAAGGAGGGUGCCAAGCUGGAGUGUGGGGGCUCAGCCGUCGAGGACAGGGGGCUCUUCAUCAAGCCCACUGUUUUCUCAGAAGUGACCGACAACAUGCGGAUUGCCAAGGAAGAGAUUUUUGGACCAGUCCAGCCCAUACUGAAAUUCAAAAACAUUGAAGAAGUGAUAAAAAGAGCAAAUAGCACUGAAUACGGACUUACAGCAGCUGUGUUCACCAAGAAUCUUGAUAAGGCAUUGAAGCUGGCAUCGGCAUUGGAAUCUGGAACGGUCUGGAUCAACUGCUACAAUGCCAUCUAUGCACAGGCUCCCUUUGGUGGCUUUAAAAUGUCGGGGAAUGGCAGAGAACUAGGUGAAUAUGCCCUGAGUGAAUAUACAGAAGUGAAAACAGUCACAAUCAAACUCGACAACAAGAACCACUGA